UUCAUUAUAAAUACUCAGAGCUUCAGCUUCAACUAAACACCACCAAACUUCAUCAAACAGCCAACACAACUCAAUUAUUUUACUUCCUGAUUAUAUUGAAGGCAUUCAGUAAUCAGGAACAAUGGGUGCAGGUGGUCGAAUGUCGGAUCCUCCUAAGGCCAAAAAAACUGAAACAGAAGCACUUCGACGUGCUCCUCAUGAGAAACCUCCUUUCACCAUAGGUGACCUUAAGAAAGCCAUUCCUGCUCAUUGCUUUGAAAAAUCCCUCAUCACUUCUUUUCGUUAUCUCAUUCAAGAUCUCCUCAUGGCCUAUGCCCUUUACUAUGUUGCCACGAAUUACAUAGACCAGUACCUUCCGCAUCCUCUUAAUUACUUGGGAUGGGCGGCUUACAUUGCUGUCCAAGGUUGUGUCUUGACUGGGGCUUGGGUCGUAGGCCAUGAGUGUGAUCAUGAUGCCUUCAGUGACUAUGGCUGGAUCAAUGACCUUGUCGGCCUUGUUGUCCACUCUUCUCUCAUGGUCCCUUACUUCUCUUGGAAAAUUAGCCACAGACGUCACCACGCCAACACUCAAUCUCUUGAGAACGACGAGGUUUAUGUCCCGAGGUUCAAGUCCAACAUCAGGAAUUACUACAAAAUUUUCAACAACCCACCUGGCCGUGUCCUUGUGUGGGUUACCACACUCCUCAUAGGCUUCCCUUUGUACCUGAUGUUCAAUGUUUCUGGACACAAGUAUGAGAGGUGGACUUCACACUAUGAUCCCCAUAGCCCUCUUUACACAGAACGUGAACGCAAACAAAUCAUUGUUUCUGAUGUUGCCAUUCUUGCAGUCAUCUAUGGCCUAUACAAUCUAGUAUUAGCCAAAGGAUUUGUCUGGGUUUUCUGUGUUUAUGGAGGUCCAUUGCUUGUUGUCAAUGGAUGGUUCACAUUGAUCACCAUCCUCAACCAUACUCAUCCCUCUGUGCCUUACUACGAUUCAACCGAAUGGGAUUGGUUGAGGGGAGCUCUAUGCACUGUCGACAGAGACUAUGGAAUAUUGAACAAGGUGUUCCACAAUGUCUGCAAUGCUCAUGUCUGUCACCACAUAUUCUCCAUGAUCCCACAUUACCACGGACUCGAAGCCACAGAGGCCAUGAAGCCUCUAUUGGGUGAUUAUUAUCAGUAUGAUGGAACUCCAAUUCUCAAGGCAAUGUACAGAGAAAUGAAGGAAUGCAUUUACGUGGAGAAAGAUGAAGGUGAGACUAAAGGAGUCUACUGGUACAAAAAGGAUAUUUAAAUUUAACUGAAAAGGAGUUCAUCAAGUUUUUCUAUUUGUCAUCAUGUAUUCAUGUUAAAGAAGUUUCUUAAUUCCUUUCCUAGAUAGCAGAUCGUGGAUUCAUUGAGCUCAUCGUUCAUCUAUAUUAAGAUCAAUCAACGAGUGAUGGAUAAUUUGAAUAAACGACAAUUACAAAGA